UCGCCGUCCAGCAGCCGUAUGCCAUGCGCUGGGCGAUGAUGAACUCCGCCUCUCCCGUGGCUGUCGCGAUGGGCAGAAACAUGCAGAUCAGACCGGCUACCUCCGCCGCCAACCUCGCCGAUCCCACCAAGAUCCUCCCCCAGCAGCGCCUUAACCGCCCCGUCGCCCCCCAUCUGACCAUCUACCGCCCCCAGGUCACCUGGGUCCUCUCCUCGCUGAACCGUAUCACUGGCUUCGCUCUGUCCGGCUCUCUCUACCUCUUUGCCUCUGCCUACCUCGUUGCUCCCCUGUUCGGCUGGCACCUCGAGUCUGCCUCCCUGGCUGCCGCGUUCGGCGCCCUCCCGCUCAUCGCCAAGGUGCUGAUCAAGAGCACCGUCGCUCUGCCCUUCACCUUCCACAGCCUGAACGGUAUCCGCCACUUGAUGUGGGAUCUCGGCCGGGGUCUUACCAACCAGCAGGUUAUUAAGACCGGGUGGACUGUUGUCGGUUUGAGCGUUGUCAGCGCCCUGGCUAUUGCGUUUAUGUGAUUUGGCUUUCUUUUUUUCAUUCUUUUUUUUUUCUUUUU